UAUAAUAAGUGUUAGAAUUUGAAAAUUAAUUUAAAAAAAAAAAUACGUGUUUCUGUCGGGGGGUGUUCCAGUUGUUUAAAUUUGUAGUAUUUAAAGAGUAGAACAGUAGAAGAACACUUCAGGAGUAGCAAUUGGAAAGCAGCAAUAAAAAUCAACUCGCUAGUCAUGGAGACUAGUCUCCAUGUCGCUAGUGUUCAAAAUUUCAAGGUCAAUCUGACAACCUGUUUCUGUUUUUUUGUUAGAUUAGUAUUAGUAUUGGUUGCCACUAUCGGAAGCUAAUAAAUACAUGAAUUGUAAUUUAAUUCGCAAGAAAAAUUCAGUGUCAUUUAUAUAAAAUGUCCUCCGCCCAUUUAACCAUAGGUUCUCAGGAGCCUCCCAGAGUUGAAAGUUUGUUAAGACUUUAUUCCAUGAAGUUUUGUCCUUUUGCCCAAAGGACUAGAUUAAUUCUAAAUGCAAAAGGAAUUCCCCAUGAUAUCGUGAAUAUAAACUUGAUCAAUAAACCAGAAUGGUACUUUAAAAUUAAUGCAGAAGGGAAAGUACCAGCUUUGCUUGAUGGGUCAAAGAUUAUUAUUGAAAGUCUUGACAUAUGUGAUUAUCUCGAUGAGAAAUACCCCAUAAACCCCCUGUAUCCUGCGGAACCUGAAUUGAAGAAACGCGACAAGGAUUUAAUAACCAAGAUCGGAUCUGUAACUCAGGUUUUUGCUGAUUGCGUCUUUACUAACAAAGAAAAGACUCCAGAGGAGUGGUUAAAAGAUUUUUUAAUUCCACUGCAAGAUUUUGAAGAUGCACUAGCUCAAAGAGGAACACCCUUUUUUGGUGGAGAAAAACCAGGAAUGGUUGAUUAUAUGCUGUGGCCUUGGGCAGAAAGGGCUGGUUGUAUAGCGAUAAAGCUAGGAACAAAAUUACCAGUGAAAGAUGAUCAAAUACCACUUCUUAGGAAAUGGAGAAAAACUAUGCGUGAUUAUCCUAUAGUUGCUGAAAUAUACACUUCUCCAGAAAUAUUUUGGAAAUUGGUCGAAUCUAAACUUAAAGGCACUGAACCCAAGUAUGAUGAGUUAUAAGAUGCACAUGUCACAGUAGAUCUAUAAAAAUAUUUACGCUAUCGCAUAUACAUUUUUUAAAUACUCAAUAUUUUUAGAAUUACUUUACUUGUUUUAAUUACGUUAUGUUGCAUUUCCAUAAUAAAGUAUUAAAUUUAA